CAGCAUAUUCUAUGAAUAUUCUACAUAAUAUGUGUAUUGUAUUAAUUUUAGCUGUCUACAAGAGGUCUAAGAUGGAACCUUCAUUUGUGUACUAUGCGGCUCGAUUGGCUUGUGUUUGGUCCUUAGUGAUACUCAAGCUGGAAAAGGUUAUAUAUUAAGUACUUACUUCAGGAUAGCACUUACUGAAAACUAUAAUGGACAAUUUGUGUGCUUACAUUUUUAGACUGUAAUAAAUGUCAAAGCCUGAAAUAUAAACUAAUGCUAUAGCUAGCAAUGCUAUCUCUUACAUCCAAUAGAUUAACACAAAAGGCUAAAUUUUUUAACAGUACCAAUAAAAGGUAUCCUGAAUCAAAAUAGAUUAUUAACCCUUUUUGCGUGACUCAUCUACCUCAUUCACACUAUUGAUCACUAUUGUCGUUAGUAACGUAGAAAACGUUAUGCGAAUUCUGGCAUGUAACUUUUCUCUACCAAGUCUCUAUAAAUUUGCUGAUAACUCAUUAUUUUCCCAAAGGGCACUAGUUCAUAUGAUUGUUUGGUUGGGAUGGUGGACAAGUAUGAAAAUUGGUUCAAUGUUGGUGCCAAUUCAAAGAGAGCUAGUGACCACUGGUGGAUGGUACUAUUGCUUAGUAUGCUAACGGAGGAGUCAAACAUUUAUGCACACCGCCGUCUGUUCCAGCUUUAAUCUUACGAAGGUGGCCAGGAUGGAAGCAAUGGCGGGCCAAGAACUGAGGGAGUACAUGUUACAAAAGAAAGCUACACUUCGGAGCCAGGUGAAAGCAACAAUUAAGAAGCUUCUGCGGAAAGACAAGCCGAAGAAGAAGAAGAGAACAAGGAUGAGUCCAAUCUUAGGCGCCGUGCUCAAAUUUCAUAAGGAUGAUGACGUGGACCCUGCAGCUGCAGGAGCUUCUGCAUAAAGAGAUGGAGAGAUCGAUCAUGCAUGCACCAGAAAUCCGUUACUAUGAAGAGUUUACAAGUCAGAUAUUGCCAUGGUCCGUGGCUCUCUUUCAACUUGCUUUGGCUUGCCUAAUAACCCUCGGUCUACAGAUGACAAUAAAGAAAAAAAUAAAAGGGAAGGAUAGAACUCCACAUAGCAUGAAGGUGCCCUGUUGGAGAAGGAAAUAAAUUUAGACUUGACUAUGUGUAGACUAGAAUUCAGAUCAAAAUAUAUCAAU